GCCAGGGCAGUCCAGCGCGAGCGCGGAGGGUCAGACCCCAGCGGCGUGGCAGCGGCGCCGGGCGGAGCGGGCGGCGCGGGGCGCGGGCGCGGACGGCGGGCUCGGGACGCGCGGCAGGAUGUUCAGCUGGAUGGGGCGGCAGGCGGCCGGGCGCGAGCGCUCGGGCGGCGCGGACGCGGUGCAGACGGUGACGGGCGGCCUGCGCUCGCUCUACCUGCGCAAGGUGCUGCCGCUGGAGGAGGCGUACCGCUUCCACGAGUUCCACUCGCCCGCGCUGGAGGACGCCGACUUCGACAACAAGCCCAUGAUCCUGCUGGUGGGCCAGUACAGCACGGGCAAGACCACCUUCAUCAGAUACUUACUGGAGCAGGAUUUCCCUGGCAUGAGGAUCGGCCCGGAGCCCACCACCGACUCCUUCAUCGCGGUGAUGUACGGGGAGAGCGAGGGCAGCACCCCGGGGAACGCUUUGGUUGUGGACCCCAAGAAGCCGUUCCGAAAGCUCGGUCGCUUCGGAAAUGCUUUCCUGAACCGAUUCAUGUGCUCCCAGCUGCCCAAUCAGGUCCUGAAGAGUAUCAGCAUCAUCGACAGCCCUGGCAUCCUGUCUGGGGAGAAGCAGCGCAUCAGCCGAGGAUAUGACUUCUGCCAGGUCCUGCAGUGGUUCGCUGAGCGGGUCGACAGGAUCAUCUUGCUCUUCGAUGCUCACAAACUGGACAUCUCGGACGAGUUCUCGGAGGCCAUCAAGGCCUUCCGGGGCCAGGACGACAAGAUCCGCGUGGUGCUGAACAAGGCCGACCAGGUGGACACGCAGCAGCUGAUGCGUGUCUACGGCGCCCUCAUGUGGUCCCUGGGCAAAGUCAUCAACACGCCCGAGGUGCUGCGCGUCUACAUCGGCUCCUUCUGGGCGCAGCCCCUGCAGAACACCGACAACCGCCGGCUGUUCGAGGCCGAGGCCCAGGACCUCUUCAGAGACAUCCAGAGCCUCCCCCAGAAGGCGGCCGUGCGCAAGCUCAACGACCUCAUCAAGCGAGCGAGGCUGGCCAAGGUACACGCCUACAUCAUCAGCCACCUGAAAAAGGAGAUGCCGAGUGUUUUUGGGAAGGAAAACAAGAAACGAGAGCUUAUCGACAGGCUGCCAGAAAUCUACAUUCAGCUGCAGCGAGAAUACCAGAUUUCCGCGGGGGACUUCCCGGAGGUCAAGGCAAUGCAGGAGCAGCUUGAGAACUACGACUUCACCAAGUUCCACUCGCUGAAGCCCAAGCUGAUCGAGGCCGUGGACAACAUGCUGACCAGCAAGAUCUCGUCGCUGAUGAGCCUCAUCAGCCAGGAGGAGCUGAGCGCGCCCAUGCAGCUGGUGCAGGGCGGCGCCUUCGAGGGCACCUCCCAGGGCCCCUUCAACCAGGGCUACGGCGAGGGCGCCAAGGAGGGCGCCGACGAGGAGGAGUGGGUGGUGGCCAAGGACAAGCCGGUCUACGACGAGCUCUUCUACGCCCUGUCGCCCGUCAACGGCAAGAUCUCCGGCGUCAACGCCAAGAAGGAGAUGGUGACGUCCAAGCUGCCCAACAGCGUCCUGGGCAAGAUCUGGAAGCUGGCCGACUGCGACUGCGACGGCAUGCUGGACGACGAGGAGUUCGCGCUGGCCAAGCACCUCAUCAAGAUCAAGCUGGACGGCUACGAGCUGCCCAGCAGCCUGCCGCCCCACCUGGUGCCCCCCUCGCACAGGAAGUCCUUCCGGAAGGCUGACUGAGGGCCCGCCGGGCAGGCGGUGCGGGCGGGGCUCCUGGGACGGGGCCCGGGGUCCUCGCUGCCACCGACUUGCCGAGUGACCCCGGGAAAGGCGCUGCCCUCUCUGUGCCUCGGUCUCCCCAUCUGUAGAACGGAGAGGACAGACACUGAACACUCGACGCCGUCCUUUCACCUCUAAAAUUCCCUGCGUUUUUAUUAAAAUGCCGGGGGGGAGGUGGGGAAGGACAUUGUAAUUGACCAAAGAGGACAGACCCCGGGAGAGGCGUAAGCGUGGGGGUGGGCUUGCUGGAGCCCCAGGGGUGUGAGCUGUGGUCUCGGGACCACCACCACCAUAAACCCGUUUGCCCUGAGGGAGCAAAGACCUUAUUUAUUUGUUUCCUGCUGUAGUUAGAGUUGGGGCGGGCAGGGAGUAGGGCAGAGAGGGUUUCUGCUCCCUCUAAACUGUCUACCAAAGAGGGCGAUUGCUGCCCGCGGAGGGAGAGGAGAAAUGUGCCCUCCACAGGCCGAGCGGAAAGGCAGCUGUCCCAGCGCCCGCUCUGUGCCCCCAGCACACCCCGAGCCUCCCUGCCAAAUUGUACUUGGUUAGGAACUUGGAAAUUAAUUAGGAAUUUAAUAAUUCGUUUUAUUGGCCCCAGCAAGAUUUCUAGAAUUCAUUUCAAGUCAUGUUGGAGCCUAAAAAUUAGCUUUUCUCACUGGCCGUCCAGUAAGAUGCAGCCAAGUGUGUUCAUCGUGAACUGCGGUGAGGAAAAGGGGUGGUUCUCCCGUUGGCUUAGCCGCGUCCCUGCCCCAGGCUCCGGGUCCGCGGCAGGGCUUAAUUCAGCGAGUGGCGUCUCGGCGAGCACGGUGUCCGGCCUGCACAGCCAGAGCGAGAAGCCGGCCGCCCGGCCGUCCGGGAGCGGAGCUCGGUCCACAGCCUUAGACACUAUUUCUCUGUUUUUUUAAAAAGGCAUUUUUUUAUGUCUAGUUUUUUUUCUUCUUCUUAUGAGAUAAAAGCCUUUAUACAGAAACAGGGUGGAACCUUUCAGAAAGCCGUGUGGCUCGGAUCAUGAAUGCCCACCAGGAGGCAGGAUUUGGGCAGCCGGACACAGCGGCUCCGGAGGGUCUCCCGGCCCACGGCAGCCCCCGGGCGGGCUCUCGGCCCUGUGCCCAGUGGCGGUGUGAGCGGGCGCUGCUCGGGCACAGGGGCCUUUCGCCGUCACUGAGGCAGGAAGAGAGAGGCGUGGAGUGGCGAUGGCGUGGCCACAGGGCAUGGGGCCCCCCAGCACCCAAAUGCAUGAAAUCAGAACAGCCCACCUGAGCCUCCCACGAGCCACGCUGUUUUUCUGAUUUACUAUGACCUCAGGGCCGGAACUGCAGCUUAAGAGAAAUGUUUCCCUUCAGAGAAGCGAGCAUCCAGAUGCCAGCCCUCACACUCCCUAGCUUGCUGACUAAAUAACUUUGUUUUAAAAGAAAUAAAUGCAUAGCCUGGUUUUUAUUCUUACUGAGCACUUUUAAGUUAAUUAGACACAGAACAGGGACGGUUACAGUCCCUGCUGCAUUAUGAGCAGAGCUGAGUGCCUGGGCACUGCCCGCCUGUAAGCACAGUGGAGUCCCCCGAAGGGCAGCACUGAGCGAGGAAAGUUCAGUCUGUAGGUUCAGAGAUGCCAGGGUCAGCCGAUGGUCCUUUCAGAAGUAUCUUCUUUAACUACUGGAUUGUCAUAUAUAAAGAUAAAUAUAUACGCAUAUAUGUCACAUAAAUGUGUAUUUUUGACACUUGUCAUUGUGUACAUAUGUAGAUAUGGCCAAAGGUUGUGUAUGCAGAGACAUGUAAGCAAACUGUUUUAGGGAGCCAAGGGACUGAGGUUUCUGGUGUCUGUGUGGAAGGAAAAGGAUGGUAUUGUGACCCCUACCCAGGCCCUCGGGCGGAGCAUCGGACAGCUGUAUCCUUGCCCUGCUGAGGGGAAAGAAGGGGGGAGAGGGGAUCGGGUGAUCAUUUUUCUUAGUAUCUUCUCUUCCCACAUGAAGCCACUGGGAUCGACUGGAAA